AUGGACUUCGUCAUGAAGCAAGCGCUGGGCGGGGCCACCAAGGACAUGGGGAAGAUGCUGGGGGGCGAGGAGGAGAAGGACCCCGACGCACAGAAGAAAGAGGAGGAGAGGCAGGAGGCCCUCCGCCAGCAGGAGGAGGAGCGGAAAGCCAAGCACGCCCGCAUGGAAGCUGAGCGGGAGAAAGUCCGGCAGCAGAUCCGCGACAAGUAUGGGCUGAAGAAGAAGGAGGAGAAGGAGGCGGAGGAGAAAGCAGCGCUGGAGCAGCCAUGUGAGGGCAGCCUGACGCGCCCCAAGAAGGCAAUUCCGGCAGGCUGCGGAGAUGAGGAGGAGGAGGAGGAGGAGAGCAUCCUGGACACCGUCCUGAAGUACCUGCCUGGCCCACUGCAGGAUAUGUUCAAGAAGUAA